UCCUCCUGCGCAGCUCCGCUCAGUCUGGCAGAGUCUGUGCGUCUUCAGACUAGUUCAGCUGCCACGACGCAGAGCGCAAACAACCUGCGUCCACUUCUAUAUUAUCAAGACUCUCGUCUCGCUAAAACUCUUUACUAUGACCACGACUACAGAAAAUGUGUUUUUGUCCGCUUUACAGCCCAACAGCUCCGUCACCACCUACGGGCUCCCGUCAGACAUCCAGCUCACUAACGGCGGCCCCGUGUCGGACGAGGUGGCCAAAGCGCGGCGCGUCCAGGAGCAGGUCCAGAUGAGACUGGCGCAGAAGUCCACACUUCCGCGUCAAAACGGAUCAAGUACACACUACGCGAUGUCAGAUUAUGGCGGUUCUUCAACUAUCAAAUAUCAGACCUAUAAUCCAGGUUACAGCUCUAAGUCGUCCUACAUGUACUCAGGCUCCAAAACAAUGGGUCCACGAAUAGCCCAGAGGUCAGCCUUCAGCUGCCAGUCUGCCAGCCCAGUCAUGACCCAGUUCCAGAAAAUCAGUGUCGGGGGUGGAGGAGCUGGUGGUAGUAGUAGCGGUGGUUAUUACCGAGAAGACAUGCGCAUGGGCAGCUACCAAGGGAACGCCAGGCAGCAGAACCGAAUGGACCUGGAGACCGCCUCCCUGCAUUCACUUAGGCAGCCAGCAAUGGUGGCGAAUGCCUGGAUGGCUGAUGGCAGCGAUGCUGGCAGCAUGGUUUCUGACCGGGAUGCCACCUACGGCCGCCAGUACUCUCAGAACACAAUGAAUGGCUACAUCAGCCAGGUGAGGCAAGGAGGCUCCAUGACUUUCCAGGCACCCAUGCGCCGAUCUCUCAGUGGCACUCUCUCCCGUGGCGGAGGGAUGGGAGGAGGAGAAACGGAGGUCAUCCAGCAGCAACAUUCCUUCAAAGGUCCAGCCCACCGCACCAUCAGCAGGAUUAACAACCGAAACCGGAUGAGUAUGGUCUCCAUGGCUGGUCCCAUGCAGCAGAUGUCAUCAGGUGGGAGCACCUAUGGCGGACUGGACAAGGUCGACCGAGGGUUCAUUGCAUCAGGAGUGUCCUCUGGUUCCCAGGGGAACCUGAUGAUGCAGCGUCCGGGUACCCUGUCACGUGCCAUGUCAAUCAAAAGCAUGCAGAGUGUGGGCAAAGGUGUGGACAUCUACAAUGGGCAGAUGGAGAUGGGAGCUAGCAUGGGCAACCUCAGUGGGAUCAACAGCUUGGACAUGGCCACUGCAGUGCAGUACCUGAGAGAGCCCGACGCUGAUCUGCAGGUCCUGGGUGCUGCGUACAUUCAACAUGAAUGUUACAAUGACAGCGAUGCCAAAAAUGAGGUUCGUCUUUACAAGGGCAUCGGUGAGCUGGUGAAGCUGUUCAACUCCGAGAGCCAGGAAGUGCAGCGUUACGCCACUGGUGCCACACGCAACCUUAUCUACGAGAAUAUGGACAACAAAGUGGCCCUGAUCGACGAGGGCGGUAUCCCUCAGCUUGUUGAGGCACUAAAAGACCCAGACGAUGAGCUCCACAAGAACAUUACAGGUAUCAUGUGGAACCUUUCAUCCAAAGACAACCUGAAGGAGAAACUGGCCAGAGAGAUACUUCCUGAAUUGACAGACAAGAUCCUCAUCCCUCUGUCAAGCAGCGGAGAUUCUGGGGUCAUCCAGCAGUCGCCCUCCGAGGCAGACAUCUUCUACAACACCACUGGAUGCCUCAGGAAUUUGAGCUCGAAUGAGAAGACCCGUCAACACAUGAGAGAAACAAAUGGACUGGUGGAUGCUUUGGUGACCUACAUCAAGGCCUCGCUAGAUGAGAACAAGGGAGAAGACAAGGGGGUGGAAAACGCAGUGUGUGUGUUGAGGAACCUCUCCUACCAGCUCUACAGUGAGAUGCCUCCAUCUGCUCUGCUACGCCUGGAAGGACCAACCAGAGCUCAGGACUCAGGGAAGGACUCCAUUGGUUGCUUUACACCUCAGAGCAGGAAAGCCAAAAAUAAGAAGAACCGGGAUCUCUCUACUUUCACUGAAGUUGCUCGUGUGCCAAAGGGGAUGGAGUGGCUGUGGCACCCUCAGAUAGUGGGUGUGUACAACCGUGUGCUGCAUCAGUGUGAGAUCAAUGCCACCACCCGCGAGGCGGCCGCUGGAUCCCUGCAGAACAUCACAGCUGGAGACAAGAGGUGGGCUUCAGUGCUGAGUCAGGUGGCUCUGGAGCAGGAGCGCAUGCUGCCGGUGCUGCUGGACCUCCUGCGUACCAACAAUGACCUGGAGCUGCGUUCCCUCACAGGCUUCCUCCGAAAUCUGUCUCGCCAUGCCAGAGAUAAGAAUGAUAUGGCCACAAAGGUGGUGAACAACUUGGUGACCAAGCUGCCAACCGACGGACACGAGAAGGUGCCCUCCAGCGAGGUGGUGGUCAACAUCUGUGGCAUCCUCAAUAACUUAGUGACCAGCACAUCCGUAGCUGCCAGAGACAUCACCUUCUUUGAUGGUCUGACGAAACUGGUCGCCAUCAAGAACUCUCAUGACAGCAGCACUGCGAAGAUAAAAGCAUCCAAAGCAGCAGCCACAGUUCUCAGCAACAUGUUCCAGUACAAGAAACUGCACAAAGACUACAAACAGAAAGGAUUUACAAGACCAGAUUUUGUGGAUACAACUGCCUGAAAGAAAGUGAUCAGUCCUGCACUCUACCAGCACCCUAUGAAGAAAUCUUUUGUCACCUGGGAGCACAUAAACCUUUUAUACCAAUCAAAGAUAACGUGGGCUUAGUUUUUAUCUGCCAUACUUUAAGAUAAGAACAUGGCUCUGCUAGCGAUGGAGGAUACACCGGGGGUGAAAAGGACUUCUUGUGUAUUUUAAAACUUGAUGGACUUCAGUGCAGAUGUGGAUCCAGCAUGUUGGACUGUUGAUGGACUCUGAUGCAGAUGUGUGCACCUUACCCAUUUAGGCUCUUUGUUUAAACACUGUAUGAUUUAGUGUUGAAUCAGGGAUUUCUUUUCUGUCAGUUUGAAACUGUUGAUGGACAAUAUGACGGAGACGUUGUGCCUUGUUUUCUCACUGUUGCACCUCAUUUACAACAUGAGUGCCAAUAAAUAUGGUGCUGACAUGGCAUUUUUGUACAUAUAGCUUCUCCUUUUACACUUAAAUCAGAUGUAAUGUUUUAUAUGCUGUACUGUAUUUUUGGAUAGAUUGUUGUUUAUAAAUGAGUCAGAAUACUGAAACCAGAGGAGAUACAAUACAAAUUGAUGAAAUGUACAUUUUAAUACAUUUGAUGAAAUCUUGGGAUAAUGGUUGUGCCUCCAUAAUUAAUUUUUGUGUUUAGUCAUGUGCUUUUCAAAGUUGCUGAAUCUUGUUAUACAAAAUGUGUGACAUUUGUAAUCACUUUGUCAAACAGAACUGAUGUUGUUCUGUUUGACUGUUGUUUGUCUGAAUGAAUUUACGGUGUGUAUGUGAAACACAGGGGUUAAAUAAGGUUGUAUUCUACUUUGUUUUCAGAACAAAUAUUCCUAUAUUUGUUUGAUCUUUGAAAUAUUUUUUUAAAUAAAUGUUUGGUAUUUAAAAUUGGCCUAUUGCAAAAUUUGGCACCUUUUUAGAUUUGAACCACAUCCCUGAAAUCUAUUUUUUUCAGAUUGGCAAGUUCAAUAUUACCAAAAUAUUUAGUUUAACUGGUUAGUAUUUAUACAAAAAGUUUGUUUAAAAAAACUCAAAUUGCAACUAUUAACUGCUCUGUGAUAUAAGUGCUGACCUUGUGUUUCUGUGUUUUGUUUAAAGUUGUUUUAAUAUUUGCUUUGAGUUGUGUACAGGCAGAUGUAUCAUCUGGAUAUUUUUCAGCUAAUAAAGACAGAUUUGA